AUGCAUAUGUUAGCUGGGGAAACUGAUGACUGGUGGAUCAACACUCGCCAGGUGUUGGAUGUUGUAGCUGAAGUUAUAACUUGGGUUGUGUUCCGCCUGGUAUUUAUGAGAAAGUACUUUCCUCAGGAUGUUUGUGGGAAGAAUGAGAUUCAGUUUCUGGAGUUGAAUCAGGGUAACUUAUCGGUUACUAAGUAUGCUACUAGAUUUGUGAAAGUUGCUAAGUUCUACCCUCAUUACAAUGAGGUGACUCCUGAAUUCUCAAAGUGUAUCAAAUUCAAGAAUGGUUUGUGUCCUGAAAUUAAGCAGGUAAUUAGAUACCAACAAAUCAGGAGGUUUCCGGACUUGGUGAACAACUAUAGAAUUUAUGAGGAUGAUAGUAAGGCUCGGUCGGCUCACUACAAGGGGCUGAGUGAGAGAAGAGGAAAGAAGAAUAUGAACCGUGGGAAGCCAUAUAGUGCUUUAGCUGAUAAAGGUAAACAGAGAGUUGUUGAUGGUAAGAGGCCAAGUGGGGGAGGUGAUCAUACUCCUCUUAAGUGUUUUAAGUGCGGUGAGUUGUGUCAUCGUGUCAGUGAAUGCAAGAGUGAUAUGAAAAAGUGUUGCAAGUAUGGGAAGUCGGGACAUCUGGUUGCUGAUUGCAAUGAGAAUGUGGUACUUGCUACAACUAUGGUGAACCAGGAUAUAUCAGCACUCAUUUCCUGA